AUGGAAGACGACGACGACCGCCGGAGCCUGCAGGUGGUCAACAGUCUCUACUGCCACGAAGAGCCACUCCUCGUCUCCUCCACGCCGACGCCUCCUCCUCCUCCUGCUGCUGCUGCUGAUGAUGAUGAUACCACCACAAGCAGAAGCAGCAGCUGCAGCUGCAGCUGCAGCAGUACUAGUGUUCUACCACCACCACACCAGCCGCCGGAGAUCGUCGUCGGAGGUGAUCAUCAUCAGGAAAAACGACAACGACAAUUACUAGCAGCGGAAGAAGAGGAGGCAGCAGUGCGUUACAUGGUGGCGAGGCAGGGAUGCUAUGCGCCCAGCAGAGGCUGCUACCUCCACCAUCUGCUGUCGUCUGCUGGUGGUCAUGGCGGUGUGGCCGCCGCUCGCUCCAUGGGAGUCCACUACAUCAUCUAUGUAAUUAACAAGUUGGGGCUUGCGGCGUCGACGGCCUUCAACGCGGUCAACUAUCUGGACAGAUUCCUCUCCAUCAACUGCCAUCUGCAGAGGUGGGACGAGUCGUGGAUGGUUGAACUGGUGAGCGUCGCCUGCUUGUCCGUCGCAUGCAAGCUGGACGAAGUAAACAUCCCAUCACUCCACCAUCUCCAGAUGGAGGAGGUGCUGGGGCACUCUUUCCGGUCGGCGACGGUCCGGGACAUGGAGCUGACGCUGCUCAAGGCCCUCCAAUGGCGCCUCGCCUGCGUCACGCCAUUCUCCUUCCUCCACUACCUCAUCAUACCACCACCAUCAUCAGCCUCUGCUGCUCGCUGCACUCGCCUCCUCCUCCGCUCCCUCGCGGAGCCCUCGUUGCUCCUCCGCUUCGAUCCCUCCGUCAUCGCCGCCUCUGCGAUCCGCUGCUGUGUGGGUCUGCACCACCACCACCAGCAGGAUUAUUCCUCCAGCAGCGAUGCCAUCAGCCGCCUGCUGCUGCUCAUCCGUCCAGCAGAUUGCCCAACGAAGGAUGAUGAUGAGUGCUUCAAGAUGAUGCAAGCACUACUCCACGAAGAAUCCUGCUGCUGCUUGGAUCAUUAUCCCUACAUCAGUGAGAGUGAGCAGCAGCAGCCGCAGUACUCCAGCGGCAGCCCAGUUCCAGGUCAGCAAACCAUUGCGGCGGUCAACAGGUCAGCAUCAGUCGUCAGCCGUCGCUUGUUCGCCGGAUCAACUAACAGCACAUACACCAGGGCGACCAAGCAACCAUGA